CCGAGAUCGAGGCACAACCCUCGCUUACUUUUUACCGGCUUCGAGCGUUCGAGGUAACCUGUUAACCGUUCCGUUGGCGGUUUUUCAUCCGUUGCCCCUUGAUUUUUAACAAUUGUAAAUAAUUACCAGGAUACGAUUACAAAGAGCCGCAGCGCAAUGGAUGCUUCUGAAGGAGAUCUGUGGACUCCUUACAAGGAGCUCCAGUCUCUUGUUGAAACCGCCAUCUCCAAGCCGACCGCACAAAACUUCGAAGACUUAAAGAAAGCAUUGUACAAAUACCGCCAGAACUUCAUAACACUUUUGAAAAAUCCACCCAAAAAUCAAAAACAAAGAGAUGAAUUAAAUAAAGGUGUCACUGAAGGGAUUGAUCUGCGAGGUAUCGGCCAUACCGUACUCCCAAAAGAUCUCGUAGCCGAGGCGAUAAUACUGUCAGAUAUGUUCGAUCUCAAUGAGUACCUAGCGUUGGAUCUUCUUGGGACAGCUCAAGAGCAAAUGCCAAAUUUCCCAGAAUUACCACGUGGUGUAGUAGCAGUACUUUUGUAUUAUGACGGGCGAAAAUCUCUCGUCAUGUCUCUUAGAAAUAUAGUGCAAGCUCGCCAAGGCAAUCUGUGGACUGUAGAAACAUCUACAGAAGUUUCAAAUUUUGUUACAAGGUAUACAGAUGAACUAAUGCAGGACGGGAUCAUGGCAAAAUUGUUAUGUGAGUUAAAAAAAAAAAAAAAAAAAANGUAG